GAGAAAUCCUUUACGAUAGACAAAUAAGUAUAUAUUCGUGUCUUUAUAUCUAGUUAACGAAUUAUGUCAGUGUUGCGUAGACUGUGAUGGAAAUCGGAGAGUACUUAUAAUCAAUAAUUAAUGUUGACCGGUUCCAUUUGUCAUUGGAUGUCAUGGUUGUCAUUUCGGAACAAUAAUCGUUCCAUCGUUUGAUAUGUUGCAUUCGGUCUGCCUCGCAUAAAUUAAUAUUCUAUAAAAUAUACAUAUAUACAUGUGUAUAUAUAUUUUUGUAGCGCACCAAUUCAACGUGUUGUAAAUAUAUGUCAAGAGCAUGUGACUCUAUUUUCCAUCCGGAGUGAUUAUAGUACAUAUUCUGAUGCAUGACUUUAAUAUUUUAUCUUAUUUUGUAACUACCUAUUUUAUAUGAUUGCCGGAUUUUUAAACUUCGCGGUAUUUAUUUAGAAUUGGCAUGCGGUGACAUCUGGCGAACGAACGGUUAACUCUCGACCAUGUUAACCUCAUCUCGUAAUCGCUAAAUCUGUCAUACGAUCCUAAUAGGAAAUACUCCAACUUUCUGAUUCAUUCAAGUGAUUCGAAUGCUGUGAAAGAAACGACAUGCCUUUAAAUAAACAGUCGUGUCCAAUUCUCGCGACGUUCGGCGCAAGAUGUCUUAAAGAUCGGUGAACUUUAGAGGUUAGGUGUCUGGCAUUGCAACUUGAUUUUCACCGCCACGAGGGUUUCACUUCUGCCCUUGAAGAGGAAAUCGAAAGUGAGAAAGUUGAUUUCUUCCUAAAUCUGCGAGGAAUUAUCUGCUGAAUUACAGUUUAAUAUGAGGAAUUAUCUGGAUUUCGCAUGCUGGUGCACAGGAUAUUAUUUCAUCGAGCGUAAAGAAUCUGGAAGAAUGCAGGCAGUACUAGGCACGAUUCUUUUUAACCACAUGUACAUAGCGCUACGUUUAACACUCAUGUCUUUGAGAUAUGGAUUCAUCACGAAACGGCCAGCUGUCCUAUCAGACUUUAGAAGUUCCCUGGGAGUUAAGUCAAAGAAUGAUAUCAUUGGAGCAAGAAAAUCUUCCCGCUCCGAUGACUACAUCUCAGCCAGAAGAGAUCGACAACAUUAGUAGAGUGGAUUUCGUGUUGGUUCAUAUGCAGAAUGGAAACAGAAAUCACGCUCAGAAACGAGAAGUAUUCGAAGGCGAUCUCAUGGAUCAAGGCUUGGAACUGGAGUACGAGUACAAUCAAUCUCUAUGCUUCAUUAAGAUUUAUGCCCCGAAGGAGGUGCUAUGUAGAUACUGCGAGAUACUGAAACUGCGAAUGCCGAUUAAAUAUUUACCCGAGGAAAGUAUAAUCAAUGAGACCACCGAUAUAUUCGACGAUGCUAAAUCAUGGUUCGGCAAAAUAUUCAGCUUCGUUAAGUUGAACGAUUCCAAGUUCCCCCAACGAGAGUACCAAUUAGCUACGGAAUUUUCUAGGGAUAAAGAAUAUUUAUUCGACACCGACGAUGAAAAUUUCUUCCCUGCAAACGUGCGAGCGAUGAUAGUCAAUUUCAUUUUGGAGCGUCAAUAUUUGGGCAUCCAACGACUCAUAGCCGAAGGUGCCUAUUCGGCUGCUUAUCCACUUCACGAUGGAACGUACAAGCAAUCAGGAAGCAUUCGUGCCCUUUUGUACGAAGAAUGGGGCUCGACGAAGAAGUGGCUGAAACUUCAGCCCUUAGACACGAUCCAAGAGUACUUUGGUGUACACUUUGCCAUGUACUUCGCAUGGCUUGGGUUUUAUACAUACAUGCUCAUUCCUGCCAGUAUCGCAGGCUUACUUUGUUUUCUUUACGGUCUGUUCACUUUGGGAUCGAGUCAGUUGGUGCAGGACACCUGCGAUCCCUCUGCCGAUGAUGUGAUAAUGUGUCCUCAGUGCGACUUCACUUGCGAUUACUGGCGACUCAGUGAAACCUGUUUAUUGACAAAAGUCACACACUUGUUCGAUAAUUCUGCUACUGUCGGUUUUGCGAUCUUUAUGUCCGUUUGGGCGAGCUUGUAUCUGGAAACUUGGAAAAGACGUUCCGCUGAGUUGAGCUAUCACUGGGGAUUGGCUGAGUGGGACCGAACUGCCGAUCAUCCUCGACCUCACUAUUUGGGUACUAUCUCGAAGAUUAAGUUCUUCAAGGUCAAGGAGAAGGUGAACGCAAUCACUCGAGAGAAAGAACCGCACGUCAGUUUCUGGAGAGUUCGAGUCCCCGCAACGUUUUUCAGCUUUUCGGUGGUGUUCCUAUUAAUUGCUGUCGCUGUCGCAACUGUGUUUGCUAUCGUGCUGUACAGAAUGUCGAUGAUAACCAGCAGUUCCCUCUUCGGCAAAGAAGUGGACACGUUCAGCUACAAAAUGUUCGCCCUUCCAGCCAUUGCUGCGUCGAUUAACCUAGUCUGUAUUCUACUCCUGAAUUAUGUCUACGACUGGCUGGCGUUGUACUUGACAGAAAUGGAGUUAUGGCGAACCCAAGCUGAGUUCGACGACAGUCUGACUCUCAAGAUCUACAUUUUCCAAUUUGUUAAUUACUACGCAUCCAUAUUCUACGUCGCCUUUUUGAAAGGCAAGUUCAUCGGGUAUCCUAAAAAGUAUAAUCGCAUCCUUGGAUACAGGCAAGAAGAGUGCUCGCCUGGAGGAUGCCUGAUGGAGCUGUGUAUCCAGUUGGCCAUCAUUAUGAUUGGGAAACAAGGAUUGUACACCGCCAUGGAGAUGAUCUUGCCCAUAUUGUACAAAUGGUGGGCCUUGUUUCGCAUCCAUACAGGACUUAAACAGAAGGACCCCAUAGCACCUCGCAGACCUUGGAUACGGGAUUUGAAGCUCCUCGAUUGGGGCCCACGAGGUCUAUACGACGAGUACCUGGAGAUGGUCAUCCAGUUCGGAUUUAUCACCCUCUUCGUCGCGGCGUUUCCUCUUGCGCCCCUUUUUGCACUCGCCAAUAACGUCCUGGAGAUGAGGCUGGACGCUACGAAAUUUUUACGACAUUAUCGUAGACCAGUCCCACUGCGAACCAGGGACAUCGGGAUCUGGGCACGAAUCCUGGACAGCCUGACAAGAAUAUCCGUGACAACUAAUGCAUUUAUAAUUGCGUUCUCGUCGAGCUUGAUUCCUCGACUGGUGUACAUGGCUGCUGUUAGUCCUGACAAGAGUGACGCUGGAUUUCUAAAUCACAGCCUGGCUUAUUUCAACACCGCUGACUUCUUCAAUGGGACGCAGCCUCAGAGGUCCUCUUUCGAGAACGUCACCAUGUGCCGAUACUCAGAGUAUAGAAAUCCACCUGAUCAUGAGACCUUGCCUUAUAAACGACCCACCGUUUAUUGGCACAUCUUCACUGCCAGGCUUGCCUUCGUCGUGGUAUUUCAGAACGUGGUCGGGCUGGUAACUCUGGCUGUGCAAUGGUGUUUGCCUGGUAUUCCCAGGAAACUCAGGGACCAAAUAAAACGUGAAGCGUUUCUAACAGAAGAACUCGUGAUGAAGAGAGAAGCCGAGAGGGCGAGACAGAGAGUGAGUCGUUCAUCGACGAAUCCGGAGAAUGUUCAUCCUCGAGAUAAUGAGAUGAACGUUCAUAAACGAGAUCCGACCGAAGUCUGAGAAAGUGAUUCCCUGGGGCCCAUUAAUGGUCCCGAUUAUUUAGUGUUUACAUUAAUUUAAUGCGAUUUAAUUGUUGGUUAUUUUCCUUUGAAAAUCUGGAAACGGCACGAAGAGUUAAUGUUAAGAUUAACGUUUUGCAGGAACUUACCUUAGCUUGAUGUUCCUGGACGUAGAGUCAGGUUUAAUCAUAUUCUCUAACCGAGAGAGUGAAUUUUUUAUAUUGAAUAUUUUGCGAUUGCAUUUAUCACUGGCAUUAUUUAUUAAUGUCUAACGUAUGCUACUAUUGUGCCUUGUAUUUAUUGUACACGGAGAGAGUUAUGGAUUUUUAUAGGAAAGUGAUGGAAUAAAGAGCGGAGGGGAUCAGUCGAUUGGUUCAAUCAUGGCUUCCGAUACUUCAA